AUCUAUUUUCAAUCGAGGCCUGUCCAUAACAUUGGCACCGUCUGUGCGUUAUAUUUUGCUUUGGUUCGCCAAGAGUGGUCGAAGGCCGUGCGUGAGAUGUGACAGAAGUGUCCGUCCGAGCGAUGACUUGCUACGCACCCAUGUCCAGGUCGCUGUUGCGCCUGGACAAGUAUUUCCACCUGAACAAGAAAUUCGUCGAGCGGCUGCUGCUGGGGCCCAAGUCGAGCGCCCGGCAUGCCUUCCUCCUGUGCAACCAGGCAUCCUUGAUCGCCUCCCGUCGUCUGCACUCGGUGCAACUCCUGGCCAGCGCUCAUCAUGACUUGCUCGAGCGAAGGUCGCUUUUCGACCCUGAACCUUUGGCCCGUCAACGGAGGCUCUACUCGAGCAACGAGUCGGAUAAGAAGGGGCUGCACAUGGGACGAGUGCACAAGGACAACCUGAUCAAGGACGUCAUCCAAAUGAAGAAAGAUCAGUUCUUAGAGAGGGAAAAAAGGCUUCGGGCGACAGGACAGAAUAUUCUGAACGACAUUCGCGAGACGAAGGACAAAAUGAGGGAGAGGAUGGAAGUUGUGAUUGAGAGGGAGAAUAUCUGGACGAUUCCUAACAUCCUCUGCGUGUCGAGAAUUGUGGCUUCACCUUAUUUAGGCUACCUUAUAAUUCAGGGUGAUUUUCCUUUUGCGUUGGGAAUUUUUACUGUAGCCGGAAUCACAGAUAUGCUUGAUGGGUGGAUUGCAAGAAAUUUCAACCAGUCGUCAAAAUUGGGCAGCUUCCUUGAUCCCUUAGCUGAUAAAAUUAUGAUCAGUGUACUGUUUGCUACUCUAUCAUAUGCAGGACACAUCCCUUUGGCUCUUACGGUACUGAUCAUAGGACGGGAUGCCUUGUUGGUCCUCGCCGGUUUUGUAAUCAGAUACAAAUCACUGCCUCCUCCUAGGACGUUGAGUCGAUAUUUUGAUGCCAGUUUAGUCACGGCACAGCUGCAACCGACUUUGGUCAGCAAAAUCAACACAGUCGUCCAGCUUAUGUUCGUGGCUUCUGUUCUGGUCGCGCCUGUCAUUUCGUACCCUUCACAAGACGCACUGACCACUUUUGGGUACAUUACGGCUGCAACGACUAUUGCCUCGGCGCUCAGCUACAUUAUUGAGAGAAACACUUUUAAAAUAAUCAGCAAGCGUUAGACGAAAGUGAUAAAGAUUUUAGACUUGAUUUGCAAAACUUAUGGCAUGCAAUGCUGAUGUUUUUUGGCACCUGUUGUAAAGAUGGUGCAUUGUAAAUUAUUUUGUAAAAUAAAGGUCACUGCAACGGAAUUUAAUUAAU